AUGUCUAAAACAGCAUAUGUUAUUGACGUCGAGAGCGGGAACCUCCAGUCUCUCAACAACGUCAUUGAGCUUCUCGGAUGGACCCCCGUGCUAAUCAAAACCCCAGAAGACCUUGUGUCCAAGCUUGCUGGCCAAGAAGACCCGCGUCUGUUUCUCCCAGGCGUCGGCAACUUUGGCCACUUUGUACACGAACUCAACGUGCGCGGGUUUGCCCAACCAAUCCGUGACUACAUAGACUCAGGCCGACGGCUCAUGGGUAUCUGCGUCGGUCUGCAGACCGUGUUUGCAGACUCAGAAGAAGCCAACAAUGAAGAUACCAACGGCAACAAGGCUCAGGGUCUCGGAAUUAUUGACCGCUCACUAUUUCGAUUUAGCGAUAAGGACAAGAGUGUUCCACAAAUUGGAUGGAACACAAUCAAGUAUGCAAACGCCGAGGACAAAAGCAUAGGCCUGUAUGGUUUGGAUCCCUCCAGCAGAUACUACUUUGUCAACUCGUUUGCUGCCAUUUUAACCCCGGAAGAGGCCCAGCUGGCACAGUCUGGCCGCAUUAACGAUGUUGCUGGGUUUAAGGACAAUGACUUAGGUCCAUUUGAGGUUGCAUUGACUACCUACGGUUCUCAAACAUUUGUUUCCGCGAUUGCUUUCAAGGGCGUGUUUCUGACCCAGUUUCACCCAGAAAAGUGCGGCAAGGCAGGUGUACGAGUCCUCGACGCAUUCCUCUCUGGAAAAAAACACACUACACUGUUGGAACGCGCUAAAGCUUCUACCCCCCCUGGCCGCGAAGUCAAUGGCUUGACUGCACGUAUUGUGGCAUGCUUGGACGUGCGCACCAAUGAUUCUGGUGAUCUUGUUGUCACCAAGGGUGAUCAAUACGAUGUACGUGAGCGCCAAGUCGAUGGUGCUGGAAACCCUGUACGCAACCUCGGCAAGCCUGUUGAGCUUGCACAAAUGUACUACGAGCAAGGUGCUGACGAGGUGACUUUCCUCAACAUUACAUCAUUCCGCAACUCGCCUCUGCGCGACUUGCCCAUGCUUACUGUUCUCAAGGAAGCCUCCAAGACCGUCUUCGUUCCUCUGACUGUUGGUGGUGGUAUCCGUGAUACCCUCGACCCGGAGACAAACAAGGUUGUGCCUGCGCUUGAGGUUGCUGCACUGUACUUCCGCUCCGGCGCUGACAAGGUCUCGAUUGGCUCGGACUCUGUGACUGCUGCUGAGGCAUACUAUGCCCGUGGUGGAAAGGGUGAUGGCACAUCUCCGAUAGAAACCAUUUCCAAAGCCUAUGGUGCACAGGCCGUUGUGAUUUCGGUCGACCCACGCAAGGUGUAUGUUACUUCGCCUGAGGCAGCUCCGGCAAACACUCAUGUUAUCAAGUCCGCAUACCCUGGCCCCAAUGGCGAGGAAUAUGUGUGGUACCAGUGCACUAUCAAGGGUGGCCGGGAGUCGCGGCCACUUGGAGUUUACGAGCUUGUACGUGCGUGCGAGGCUCUUGGUGCGGGUGAGAUUCUGCUCAACUCAAUUGACAAGGAUGGCAGCAACAGCGGGUACGAUUUAGAGCUGGUGCGGCUGGCCAAGAGCGCAGUGAGCAUUCCUGUAAUUGCAUCUUCUGGCGCAGGCAAUCCUGAGCACUUUGUGGAGGUGUUUGAGAAGACAAACGUGGAUGCUGCGCUUGGAGCUGGUAUGUUCCACCGCAAGGAGUACACAGUUGAUCAGGUGAAAGAGGUUCUUGAAGAGAAUGGCAUUGCUGUUAGACGAGAUUAG